AUGUCUGACCAUCAAACCAUUCCAGACUCCAAUAUGUCUGAUCGCCACAACAACUUGCCACCUACCUCGAAAACAGAAAACAUCACAGCAAUGAGCGAUCGCGUGAGCCCUACUGCACAGCAGGCAGCUGUACCUACCGAGAACCCUCCAUCGCCUCAGCACGCCAACGGCCAUGGUCACCAUCACGAGCACCACCACCACACCGCACAAUACGGAGGCAACAUCAAUCCCCACGAGACUGCCGAGCAUGUCAUGGCUGUCUUCGACCGUCAGAUGAUGGCGCUUUCCGAUGAAAACACCCUAGCAAGCCACACCCAGGCAUGUGAGAUUGCCGAGAUGCUCCUCGAGCGUGCAGAGCUUCCACUGGCUUUCCGUGUUCACGCUCAUAUCGUGCUGGGCUGCGGUAAGAAUGGCUAUCUUCACCACGCCAAUGAAGCUGUGCGCUUCGCCGAGAUGGGCCAAAGGAUCUAUGGUCCUGGUAAAACCGCUGAAGCCCAAGCUGCUGUCGAAGAUCUGAUGUGGCAGGCUCGAGAGACUCUUCGUCGCGCUGAGCGUGAUAUGGAGGAACUGGAGGGCAUCAAAGAGAGCGUCAAGGCUGGACAUCUGGAGUUGAAGAAAGGUCAGAAGCUCGUGUACGGUAAUCUCAAUGACGACCAUGACAAGGCAAUCCCCAAACCCUCCACGUUCCAACCUGCAACUCCCAGCGCUAGCGAGAUCGGCAAGAAGUCGAGCGACAAAGCCUCGCCCGCCGAAGCUGACGCCCAGGUCAUCAGUACCUCCGACAAGCCCGGUGAAGAGAUCAGUGGCGAGGAAGAAGAGGACAAGGAACCUGAGAAGGAGCAAGACAUGGAGUCCGGAGAAGGUGAAGGUGAAUGGAAGCGUGACGAUCAGUUUGGUGUCCAAAGACUUCCAGAGAGACUGAUUCGCACAGCGCUCGGUGGACAGAAAUCAGGCUCUGGCAUGGUGAAUCCCGAGAGCACCCAUCAUGCCACACCUCGUCGCUCAACGCGCUCCAAGGGUUUCAACAAGGACUACUUCACUGGCAAACCUAGAAAGCCUUAG